AUGCCGCGGUUCCUCCUCUGGGUGCUCUCGACCCUUGGCCUCUGGACGGAGUUUUGGCAGUGCCGAGCGAUCCUGGUGUAUCCCGAGAACACGCUGCUUCAGUUUGAGCCGACGAUAAUUCCCGCCAGGCACAUCAGGGACCUCGACUUGCAGGAUACUUACGUCGCCAUCGAGAAUCUUCUGGACGAACACGGUUGGCGGGAUGGCAGACAGUGCCUUCUGAGGACCAUUUGCGAGCUCGCGGAGACGCCCCUACGCAGGGACCGGCAGGACAUCCUCGAGGAAGUGAUCCACUUAAUUUUAACGCCCACGGAGGACUUGCCAGUAGCGAUUAAUUCCAGCUACCGGAGCGCCGACAAAUUGUAUCAGGAAGCCGAGCGAUUGGGUAGAUCUGGCGGCGAUUGCAUCUUAACAUAUCCCGAUUGCAUCGAGUCACCGUUGGAAUCAUUUACAGAGAUAGUAUUUCCUUAA